AUGUCGUUGAAAUCACUCUGUGUCAAAUGUCAGAAAAACAACGGUAUUCUCAUAUGUAGUGGAUGUCAGUAUAUACUUUGUCGAAAAUGUACAAAUGAUCAUCGUCUAGAAUUGGUUACUCAACUUGAUCAUGUUGUCUAUGAACACGAUCUAAUUCAACAACAACUUCAAGCAAAAGAUCAAAAUUCAUAUCAUACACUUUUUAAUCAAAUUAACAAAUGGCAAACAGAAUCAAUAAAUAAAAUAAAACAAGCUGGCGAAGAAGCUCGACAAAGUAUUCGUCAAUUACUUGACGAACAUAAAGAGCAGUUAACUAAAGAUUUACGUCGAUUAAUCGAUGAAUUACGAAAAGGUAAAAAGAGCGAAGACUUUGUUGAAACAGAUUUAGAUAGAUGGAAACAUGAUGUACAAAAGCUCAAAGAAGAAUUACAAAUGCCGUCGAGUAUUAUCCUCGAAACAAAGAAGAGUCCAUCCUGGAUUACUAUGAUAAAAGUCAAUACAAAAUCAUCAGGUCAACAACAAUUUCUUUAUCAAUCGCCUCGUGUGCUGUUACCGUCACCUUCACCAUCACUCGGUAAACGCACAGUAACACGUAUUGAUGAAUUUACUACAGAUCUUCCAACAUCACGUAAACAGGCCGAUAAAUUCAAUGCAGAAAAAAUCUAUGGGCCGAUUGAGCUUCAAGACGAAAAAAAAGUAGCAGUUCAUGUAGGCUCAGCAAAUUGUGCGACAGAAGUUCGUGGUACUAAUUUGUAUUCUACAGGAAAACAUCGUCUUCAACUCAAACUCGAAAAAAUGCAUCAUGGCUAUUCUCUUUUUGGUAUAGUGACGGAAUCAACACUCGUGCAAGAAUCGUCUAUUUCGUCCAAAUCAACUUAUGGAUGGGUGCCGGGUAAUAAUAAGCAAGCAUGGCUCAAAGGAGCAGGUACUGCAGGUUAUGGUGGGUACGACGGCGAUAUUAUGGAAAAUGAUGUUCUCGAAUUAGUGCUUAACUGUGAUAAAAAGAUAAUUCAAUUGUCAAAUAAACGAACUAAUAAACUUUAUCAAAUUCCAGUUGAUAUCAAUAGUUGUCCGUUUCCAUGGCAAUUCUAUCUUAGUCUCUAUGAAAUUGGCGAUCUCGUGCGUAUUCUAUGA